CGUGUCGUCGUCGUCGUUUUCCCAUCCUUUUUUCCGUGAUUUCCGCGGCAUUUGCCGUUCCACCGGCCUGAGAUCAGUCAAAGUUCGAGCGGCAGCCGGGCAGGUCGUCAAUUUCCAUUGGGCUUUUCCGACAUUCCUUCAUUUUUCCGGAUUCGGCGGCGAGAAAUUUUUGGGAAAUGACUGGAAAAGUAUGAGAGAAAAUAUAUGAAGAGACGAAAAUUUCUUAUUGGUAAACACUUUUACAAGAAUGUUUGAGGAAUGUUUUGGAAAUGGACCAUUUGUAUUUAGAAUAAACGAGAAUGGUACAGGACCACAGCUUCUAGCUCAGGUUUGUCUGGAACGGGGCUGGAGAGAAUACCACCCUGAGUAUAAUGAAAAUAACUGGAAUUUGUGGUGGAAAACGUCAGGAUUUUCUAUUACACAUCAUAAAAAUAUCUACGCAUGGCAGUACUUAAAUCAUAUUCCAAAAGGGUCUACAAUAUGUCGAAAAGAUAACCUUAUAAGAUAUUUAAGAUGUAUGAAGAAAGUGUAUGGUUCAGUGUAUGACUUUAGUCCACAUGGUUACAAUCUUCCUUUAGAAUAUACUAAAUUAGCAGCAGAAUGCAGUAGAGGACGACCACAUACCGUUAAAGAAGACAUAAUAAAAUUGCAAGAGGAAAAACCUAUAUGGAUAUGCAAACCCGUUGCUCAAAGUCAAGGAAGAGGCAUAUUUCUGUUCAAGAAAUUGAGUGAAUUAAAUUAUGACACAAACACAGUAGUUCAACGAUAUAUAGACAAACCGCUGUUGAUUGGAGGAUAUAAAUUUGACCUGAGGCUGUAUGUGUGCGUCCCUUCGUACCAUCCUUUGACAAUAUACAUGUACAGAGAAGGACUGGCCCGAUUUGGAACUGACAAGUUUAGUUUAAAUGACCUGCGCAAUCCAUUUAGACACUUAACAAAUUGUUCAAUUAAUAAACUGGGACCUGGAUAUGCUGAGAUGAAAGAUAGAGUAGGAUCUGGUUGUAAGUGGACUCUAAGGCAACUUCGUAGAUAUUUCCAACAAGCUGGAAUAUCUGACUGGUCCAUUUGGCAAAGAAUAUCUUCCAUUGUAAUCCUGACAAUCUUAAGUCAAGUCCAUCAGAUACCGCCAACCGUAAAUUGCUUCGAGUUUUUCGGAUUUGAUGUUUUAAUCGAUUCUUCCCUGAGACCUUGGCUAUUAGAAGUAAAUUUAAGCCCAGCUUUAAGUAACGAUUGUGAUGCUGAUCAGCUAGUGAAGAAACCAAUGUUGCAUGAUAUGUUCGACCUGUUAGGUUUGCCUUUAUACAAUACAGGACUUUCGGUUUUUAAUCUGUGGCUUGAUGGUCCCAACGACGUCUUAGGCGAAGAAGAAUACGAAAAUUCCAACAAGGUUUCUCUGCAAAGUACAAUUUCCGUUCUCAAUGCCGCUGGUAGGUGGAGAAGAAAAUUUAAAAGAAUGUCCGCGCAUCAGCCUUCAUCUAGAGCUAGCACUGCCUCUAAGCCAAAAAUAAGAACAACAUCUGCAUAUAAUUCAAAGACUUACAUAAAACUGCCAAAAGUUCAAGUAGAUGGACAACAUUUUGCCAUACCAAAUAGCUAUCAUGUGCCAAGAGAAAGGCCACCGAUUGAAGAAGAAAUAAAACGUUGCAGUCACAAGACAUGGGGUAAUGGACGGGAUUGGAACAUCCCACGAUCUACUGAAGGAGGUUGGGUUAGGUUAUGGCCCAUGGAAACAGAAGAAAAAAUUGAUAAGAACAAUAAUGUAAAUAGCAACAAUAAUAAUACUGGACCUGUAGGUAUAAAAAAUAUGGUGAAUAAGGUUAUCAAAUUCAACAAAAUAACUAAAGAAUUGGUGAAAAGGCAUCCCGCAGCAUCGGAAAGUCAAUUAAGUGAAUUUCUCCAACAGGAAAUGGAUAUUUCUGGAGAUAUCUGGAUUCCUCCAGUAUGAGUUCGAUUUUUAGAUUUCGUCUUGCUUUAUGCUCUUUAAUUAUAGUCAUAUUGUUUCCAGACAACAUUUUUUUUACAUUGUUUAUAUUUUUCCAGGUGUUUCAAAUACUAUGCUUACUAUAGUAGAAACUUCGAUAUAAUUUUCAACAGGUUAAAAAAACUACAAAAGGUUUUUCUAGGUGAAAAGUUGUUUCUAAGUCCACCCAAUCCAAAGGUGCUUGCAAUAGUAUAAUUAAACCAUUAAUUAAAAAAAAUAUGGCUAAAAUCAAAUAUAGAAUAUUCACAAAAUAGAACAAAAUAAAAAUAUCGACAAAGUUUGAUAUUGACAAAGUUUUACAACAAAUCAUAAAUUUGGAAAAAAAAAA